AUGGAGCCACUGGUAAUUCCUCGGUUUGUUGUGUUGCAAUCAAACGGUGACAAGUAUUUGCGUUACGUUAAAGAAGAAGGAACGUAUUUGCGUUACGUGAAAUGCGAUGGAAAUGAUAUUCUUGAUCCUCAAUCAAAGUUUCGAGUUGAAAGAUCGAGUAGCAACCCUGAUUUAGUGCACAUAAGAUGCUGCUACAACAACAGAUACCUUGCUUGCCUUAGACAAGGGUCGGAUUUUGUGGUAGCAACGAGUGAUACUGCGGAGGAAGACCAAUCGAAGUGGUCAUGCACGCUGUUUAGAGCCAUGCCCAACGACAGCAUCACAUUUCGGUUGCAGCAUGUUCGAACCGGAAACAAUCUCUGCAAUUUUCAAACAGCGGGCCGUGACAAUGAUCUCUGCCUAGUUGUCCGAUGGUCUUCCUCGGAUAGAGCUGGAUGGGAUCUCUUCACAUUCACCGACUGGGAAUCGCUCGUGAUACUGCCCAAACAUGUGGCACUGAAGGGAGACAACGGCAAGUAUCUAAAUAACCGCAGCCACUUGAUUUUGGAGUUUGGAGCUAAUGAUAUCGGAGAUCAUAGAGUUGGAGAGGAAAUCUUCACCAAUCCCGACGGAAGCAUCCGCCUGAAGAAUGAAUUCAAUGGAUUAUUCUGGAGGGCUUCACCAAAUUGGAUAUUGCCAUCAUCAACUGCAGCCGACUUGGGUCCAACAACAUCAUUUUGGCCAGUCAGAAUCAAGGGAAACGUUAUCGCACUCCGUAGCAAGGGUAAUGACAGAUUUUUGCGUAGAACCAGUGAGGAUGGCUUGGUCGAUUCUCUUGCUGCGUCAUCUUGGGCGACGACCAUAGACAAACAGAGCUACCUGGUGGUGGAAGAGCUAGUUAACAGGAGACAAAUUUACGAUGUGAAUUACCGGCUGGAAGACGCGAGAGUGUAUAACGAAUCAAUCGUGUCAUUGGCGCGAUCUUGUGUCACAAAUAUGAGUAACGAAAUCGCAACACUAGAGGUGUCGAUGAGUUACAUUCAGCAGAGGAUGUACACCAUCAGUGCGGGUACUUCCUCCUCAUCUACUUCUAGUGGCGGAGUGUCAAUGGGUAUUCCUUCUAUUGUAGACGCUGGCAUUGAAACCACGGAGUCAACCGGGAGCGACUACGAGUGGGGAACUACCGUAAACUCAUCCACCACGUUGACAAGACGAGUCCCGGUAAGCGUCAAUCCGAUGACGAAGAUGACACUCACUCUUGUUGCAACGCUUGGAUUCUGCGAUGUUCCUUUCUCCUACAUGCAGCAGGACACCCUCAUUAAUGGCCAACUAGAAACUAUCAAAAAGCAUGACGGUAUUUUCACUGGUGCCAAUUGCUUCGGCUUCCAAACUGAAGCCUCCGAUGAACCGCUCUAA